AGGGGAGUGGACAGGAAAGACCUCCCCACCCCCUACCUCCAAUACAUACAGGCCAGAGCCUGGAAGAAGAUUACAGCCACCAGUCUGGGUAGGGCCAGUGUGUGUCAAGGGUGAUGGCAACAGACGCUGGACCUAGGAGCUCUCUGCAUCAAGGCUGCCUGCAAGGCCUCCAGGGACCCACUAGCCAACAGCUGGACUUAAUCGCCAGCUUGCAAACUGAGAGCACGCAUCUGGUGGAGUAACAAGCGGACGUUGCUCUCCGGCUGAGCAAGACGUCGUUUUUAGAGGAUUUGCAACAGCAGCAGCUAGAAAGCAGGAGUUACCACCACUUGGACUCUUGGGUCUUCCUUGAGAACCACAAAGACACCCUACUCCUGGGUGGUUUACAGAACAAUGAUGGCCCUAUGGCGAGCCUCUGCUUUCCUGGUUCUGUACCUUGCAGCUUUACUGCCUCCGCCACAGUGUGCCCAAGACCCAGCCAUGGUGCACUACAUCUACCAGCGCUUUCAAAUCUUGGAGCAAGGGCUGGAAAAAUGUACCCAAACAACAAAGGCAUACAUUCGAGAAUUCCAAGAGUUCUCAAAAAACGUGUCCGUUAUGCUGGGAAGAUGUCAGACCUACACAAGCGAGUAUAAGAGUGCGGUAAAUAACCUGGCACUGAAGGUCGAACGUGCCCAACGGGAGAUCGACUACCUAGAGUACCUUCGAGAAGCUGAUAUUUGCAUGGAAUCAGAGGACAAGAUCCUGGCAGAAAAGCUAGAGCAAGAAGCUGAAGAAGAGAAAAGGAUCCGGACUCUGCUAAAUGCAAGCUGUGACAACAUGCUGGUGGGCAUAAAGUCUCUGAAAAUAGUAAAAAAGACUAUGGAUACAGAUGGUUCUUGGAUGAAAGACGCUGCCAGCAAUUCUCCAAAGGUAUAUUUCUUAAUUGGAUCCAGAAACAACACUGUUUGGGAAUUUACAAACAUGCGGGCAUUCAUGGAAGAUAGCACCAAGCCAGCCCCCCGGAAACUAAUCCUAACACUUUCCUGGCAGGGAACAGGCCAAGUCAUCCACAAAGGUUUCCUAUUUUUUCACAAUCAAGAAACUCCCAAUGAGAUAAUCAAAUAUAAUCUGCAGAAGAGGACUGUGGAAGAUCGGAUGCCACUUCCAGGGGGAGCAGGCAGAGCACUGGUCUACCAGCAUGCGCCCUCAACUUACAUUGACCUGGCUGUUGAUGAGCAUGGGCUCUGGGCCAUCCACACAGGGCCAGGCAUCUAUGGCCAUUUGGUCCUCACAAAAAUCGAACCUGACACACUGAGUGUGGAGCACUCAUGGGACACUCCAUGUAGAAGCCAGGAUGCCGAAGCGUCAUUCCUCUUGUGUGGGGUUCUCUACGUGGUCUAUAGUUCUGGUGGUCAUGGCCCUCAUCGCAUCUCCUGUGUCUUUGAUCCACUGGGCACUAUCAUUGAGGAGACUCUGCCCAACUUGUUCUUCCCCAGGCGGCAGAGAAGUCACUCCAUGAUCCAUUACAACCCUAGGGAUAAGCAGCUCUAUGCCUGGAAUGAUGGAAACCAGAUCAUUUAUAAACUCCAGACAAAGAGAAAGCUGCCUCAGGCGUAAGGCAUUCAUUGCAGCCAAAAGGGAGAGCACAGAGACCUUGGAAGAUUCUCCCUAAGCCACUGAGGCCACAGGCCCUUUGCAAGGAGCACAUCAUAUAUUAUCCCUCUAAACACAUAUAGGAAUAGGUUCCAGAAGUGGAAAUGCAUAUUCAUCCUUUCCCACGUCACUGUCACUAUCUUCCAAGAGCCUAGAUGAGAGUCUGUCAUUCAGAAAAUUUCAACAAUUUCUAUUACCCAUAAAAACCUCUGGGUUUUCAAGGCCUUCCACAUUCUGAUCCAGCUUACUUCCAGCUUUUCCUUUUCUGCUUUCCAGCAUUUACUCUAAUCAGCCCUGCCCUGCCACUAGCUAUCAGAAUUGUAUGCCAUCCCCCUAAUACUCCCUGGCUUUUGUCUCCCCUGGCGUUUGCUCAAGCUCUUCCCUCUUUCUCAAAUGCCUACUGAUAUUCCUCCAUUUUUCAUUGCCCAACCAAAGUACUAUUUCUUACUGAUGUGUAUUCUCUAUUCCCCCCAGCUCUGCCUUUCCAACAAACCAGGUUGAUGUAAUAAUAAAGAGUAAUAAUGUUAAUAUUUGAUUACCACUUUCCAAUUACCAAGUAUUUGCAUAUAUGUCACAUCAUUUAAUUCCUAUCUCACUCUUGUGAGAUAUGCAGGAAAGUCUUAGCCAUUUUAGAGAUGAGGAGAGUUUAGGUGAAUCAUUCAAAGUAACAGUACAAAGUGAAAGAGCUAGAAAAUACUGCAAAUCCCAUAGUCUUCCCAUUGCACAAUGGAGCCUCAAAUAUGUAUGAUUGUUUGCCUAGCCUUUUAUAAGCAAUGCGUUCACCAUUUCAGCCUAAACAUAACAGUUCUGCCCCUUUAGCCAGUUUUCAUGUCUGCACAAGACUUUCUUUAUAGGACUUUCAAAAGAUAAGCCAGCCUAAGGGUGAGAACCUCCUCUCUAGACUCAUCUAAUCUGCCUUCCGGUUUCUUUCUUCUUGCUUUAAAUACAAUAAGACUGACACUAACCAAAUAAACCUCAUCAGGUUAUAUCUGCCUACCUGACCUCAGCAUAAAAGCUUUCAGGAAGUGCUGGCUGUGUUUGGGUUUACUGUGAAUAAUCCCCAACACAGUGAGGCCCUUGGUAAAUAUUCUAGAAUCUGGAUGAAAGCCAAAUAGCAAUUGAGUGCACUCCUUGUCACAGCAGGCAUUCCAUGUGGCACAUGGGGCAGAGUACAGCUAUGUCUCCUGAGAGGGGCUUCUUCAAAAAAUUUUCCAUGCCUUUCCCCCAUUCAGCCAAUUUGGGUCACAAGUUCAGGCUCUGGGCCAGUCUCUGUCAUGUGCUGAGGCCUCUGUCUUUCCAGGUUGGUCACAUGAGAGGGUUUGUUUUGUGUGCUUGCAGCUGUUUUCCCUUCUCUGCCAAAUUCAGGCCAGGACCAUAGACAGUGAGGGAGAUUUUUUUUCCCAUAGCAUUUAAGAAGAACUUGAGCAGAAUGGAAUUAACCACCCCAUGGAUACAGCUUAAUUACCCACAGUUCUAUUAGAAUGAUACAGAGAGCCCAAAUCUUUUGUGGAAUGCAGCAGGUAUGAAUAAAUAAACACGGUGAUGUUACCUACUUCUUAGAUUCAGGGAUAUUACCUGCCCCAUAGGUAAAAUUUACCUGGAUUUCACAGAGAUACAGAAUGUUGCCUGCCUCACAGAUGAGGGUAAAGUGGAAUUUUAUCAGCAAGAGCAAGUCCUACAAAUAUUAAUUCCUUCAGAGGCACAAAGGUAGAGGUAGCCUGUUAAUGUGCUGUGCCUUGAUUUGCCAGAUCUGCAAGAACCCCUGCCCCCUAAUAACCCACUCUGGUGCCUUACAUUCCUACAGCUAUAAUCACUCUUCUGGGUCAAGACCUUUUCUCCAGGAAGCCCCUGGUAAUGUGCCACCUUGUUUCCUGUGAACCAGGAAGGAGAGAACGCAGGCCUUAGAAGACCUUCUUGGGCUGAUACCAAUAAACUUUACCUCUGAGGUCUCUUGGCUUUAA